UAAGAGCUAAAGGUGCUAAGUGUGGCCAGCAGACGCUUAGAGAACUCCGAUUCCCAGCAUGCCCACAUAACAGGAAGCUGAAGAUUAUCAGCUCGUCGCUAACCUUUGUUGACAAUUUGGUUUCGUGGCCAGUCAACAGGUGUGUCACCUAUGAAGGAGGGGACUCCCUGAGCACUUUCACCAUGCGACCCGCUCGGUCAGGUGGGAAAGGGAAAGGUGCACAAAUACAAAAUCAAAAUCACAAGCCUAACAAAGCCAAAGCAACCCGGGAGACUGUGAACCCCAGUCCUGAGUCCAGUGGUCAAAGUCAGAGCAAAAAAUCUAAAAAGGUUCAAGGAUCAGCUCUGGAGAAUCCCAAUCAAACAGUAAAAGCUGCAGGUCAGCUGAAUCCCAGUCAUCCUAAACAUGGGGAAGCCAGAGGGGUGACCUCCGACACGCAGUCAACGUCUGAGACAGAAGAAGCCAAGCUUUCAGGUCACAAUCGCCAGCUACGCCAGCAGUGUCCAACAAGGGUAUCAGAUGCUGAGGAUGAAAACAGUGAGGUGGACCUGUACAGGGGAGCAGAGGAAAUAGAACAAGAAAGGCAAGAGAAGCAACAGUCAUAUGCAGCGCCCUCGGCGCCUAAUUUAGAGGACCAGAACAGUGUGGCUGCUCCUGAGAGUCUGCUCCCCUACAGUGAGAGAGAGUGGAAAGGCAACACCUUCAAAAGUCGCCUAAUAAAAAAGGGCUAUGAGGCAGUAGCUCAGAGAUUUUUUGAGAGUCUGCGCAGAGUGAGAGGUGAUAACUAUUGUGCUCUGAGGGCAACCCUCUUCCAGAUCCUCAGCCAAUCUGAAAAGCUCCCGGCCUGGCUCCAAGACCCUGAUAUGAGUCAGUGGCCAAAACAAAUGCAGUCUGAGCUGGAUUUAAUAAAACAGUGGAGAUUUCCACUUGAUUGCAAAAACGAAGGAGGAGCAGUAGAGCAGCUGGAAUGCUGUCUGAAGCGGUUAAGAGAGAGGUGGCAGGAGGCAGUGCAGUGUGCGAGUCCAGCAGAGAGGGAGCAUAUUAGUCAGCAGGUGUUUGUAGGUAAAAGAGAGGAAUAUGAGCUGCUGGAGGCCCUGAAGUUCCUGAUGCUGAGAACAGCUGUCCAGCUUCACCUAGACAUGGAGAAGGGUUUACAGGUUCCUGAGUUCUGCUGGCUCCUCUUCGCCAGAGACACCUCCAAGUGCCCUAGAAGCUUCUUUACCAAUCAUCUCAGACACGUGGGCUUCAGUGGUGGACUGGAACAGGUGGAGAUGUUUCUGCUUGGGUAUUCUCUACAACAGACAAUCCAGGUCUAUCGCCUCUACAAGACUGACACUGAAGAGUUUAUCACAUACUAUCCAGAUGACCACAAAAAAAACUGGCCUUGCCUUAAUCUUAUCACAGAAGAUGACAGGCACUAUAACGUACUUGUAUCCAAACAUGACACAUCCAAAUUUGACACAUCAGGCAGACCUAUAUGGAACCUCCCCUCAGAUGGCCACGCCCAAAAAAGACACGUUACACAUCUGUAAAGAAAGCUGGAUACAUUGACAGAUGUUCUCAGGCGCAGUUUUAUCUGAUAAUUUGCCCAGGGGAACUGUAUAAUGUUUAAUGCCGUCCAUGUGCAGUUAAUGUUUAAAAUAUUUUCUGUUUACUUUUUCAUUGUUUGUGGUUUUCAUUCAGAUUCUGUUGUUUAUUUGACUGAAACAGGGGCAGUUUAUUAUUAAGCACUUUCUUGCACAGUUGUCUCACAGUUAUAAAUGAAUGCUGGCGCACAAUUCAGGGUCCACUUUCUUCUAAACAAAUGACAAAAUCAUUGAAAAAAUAUAUAUAUAUAUGGAUGGAAAGAAAUGGGAAUUUUAAAAAUUAAAUGGUCAAACCUAAAACAAUUCUGCUUUAAAA